AUGGAGAACAGUCAGGGCUACCAGCAGGCCAAGGGAGGCCUCGUAAUGGCCUGGGUGCUGACCAAGGAGUCUUCAGCAUCUUACCUGGAGGAGAUCAAGUGCCUGGAGAGGGUGUCAUCAAAGCAAACUGCCUUUCAGUCUCCUCUGACUGCCCCGCAGUCCGCCUUGAUGGGGAAAUGCCGCCGGCCCCGCACGGCCUUCACUAGCCAGCAGCUCCUGGAGCUGGAGAAUCAGUUCAAGCUCAACAAGUACCUGUCCAGGCCCAAGCGCUUUGAGGUGGCCACGUCGCUGAUGCUGACCGAGACGCAGGUACCUGGGUCUUGGCGUGACAGAGGAUACUCUUCUCAGGGCAUUGACCUGCCUGGAGGGCUCCCGGCUCCUCUCUUAAAGCAAACUGAGUUCGUGGGGCGCAGCGCUGGCUCCGGCUUCCUACACUGCAGCACCGCCGAGCUGGGCUACGGCCCGGACUCCUCCUGCUCGGGCGGUGAGGAGGACGAGGAAGAGGAGGAGGACGAGAUGGGUGCCACGGAGAGGAAGAUCGGCUCUGUGUUGUGA